CUCCUGCCCCUUUUUGUCCGUGCGUGGCGGCUGCGGUGUUUCCCCCCCCAGCGGCUCCCGGCUCAGCGCGAACAUGGCGGACCAGGCCCUCUCCUUCGCCAAGGACUUCCUGGCGGGCGGCGUGGCCGCGGCCAUCAGCAAAACCGCCGUGGCGCCCAUCGAGCGGGUCAAGCUGUUGCUUCAGGUACAACAUGCAAGUAAACAAAUUGCUGCUGACAAACAGUACAAGGGUAUCAUUGAUUGCGUAGUGCGUAUCCCAAAGGAGCAAGGAGUUCUGUCCUUUUGGCGUGGAAAUUUUGCAAAUGUCAUCAGAUAUUUCCCCACUCAGGCUCUCAAUUUUGCUUUCAAGGAUAAGUAUAAGCAAGUGUUCUUAGGAGGAGUGGACAAGCACACUCAAUUUUGGAGGUAUUUUGCUGGUAAUCUGGCCUCUGGUGGUGCAGCUGGUGCCACUUCUCUCUGCUUUGUCUAUCCUUUGGAUUUUGCAAGAACCCGUUUGGCUGCUGAUGUUGGAAAAGCUGGUGCCGACAGAGAAUUCAGAGGUCUGGGGGACUGUCUAGUCAAAAUUACCAAGUCUGAUGGUCUGCGUGGCUUAUAUCAAGGGUUCAAUGUGUCUGUGCAGGGUAUCAUCAUCUAUAGAGCUGCCUACUUUGGAAUCUAUGAUACAGCAAAAGGCAUGCUCCCAGAUCCCAGAAACACUCACAUUGUGAUAAGCUGGAUGAUUGCACAAACAGUGACUUCUGUGGCUGGUGUUGUCUCCUAUCCUUUUGAUACAGUGCGGCGUCGAAUGAUGAUGCAGUCAGGACGUAAAGGAGCUGACAUCAUGUACUCCGGAACAAUUGACUGUUGGAAGAAGAUUGCAAGGGAUGAAGGAGGAAAAGCUUUUUUCAAGGGUGCAUGGUCCAACGUUCUCCGAGGCAUGGGUGGUGCUUUUGUGCUCGUGCUGUACGAUGAAUUAAAGAAAGUAAUUUAAAAACAGCCUAACUAGAAUUGGAAACCAAGUUGAGUAGAUCAUGUAGAAUAACUUUACCAUUAUGGACCAUUGACCUUCAAGAAAUUCCUGUGUUGUCUUAUUUAUCGGGGCCAGAUCAUGUUGGUAGAUGGGGCUAGAAAUUUAUCAAGGGAACUGAUCCAUUUCAAGAUUGCCUUUUUUUGCAGACACUGAAACUGUCAGUUUCAGCAUACUGAAUUUUCUGUGUCAGUGUUGGGAUAUCAGUGGAAGUAGUUCUGGGUCCACAGAAGCAGUUUGGGCAAAGAAAGUUGUUUGGUUUUUUCUAUAUUUGCCCUCCGAUCAUUCUCUAGUUUCCUGUCUUAUAGGACCAUAAAAUUGUUUGCGUAUUUGUUUAACAAAUCAUGUCUAUUCCACAUGUACUUAAGCACUCUGUACCAUUUUGCACAGCUGAACCUUUAGCAAGUAUGUUCUUUUAAAUUGGGGCAUUCUGCUGUAAAACAAUAAACAUACUUACUCUGUUGAAACUAAUUAUAUUGAAGCUUUGGCUCUCCUGGGGAACUUUUGCAAACAUCUCUUCAUAAGAACAUUCCAGUUUCACCUUAUACCUUCACUGCUUGAACCAGCACAUUACAACAUGGUACAUUCAUAUUAUCUCUAUAAACAGGUUUAGGUCUGGUAAAUGCUUGGAUGGGACAUUUCCAUGGAAGAUGUAGGUGCUGUACACAAUGGUGUCAUGAGGUGGCAAACUUCCAUCACUCAUUCAAUUCUCCACGUUUGAUAUAAAGAGUAUACUGUGCUACUGGAGGUGGUUUUUUGGAUGAGUUUGUCUUGGCUUGGUUCUCAGCUACCUGGUUCCUAGUGUAAAGUCAUUUUCUGUGGUAGCAGCUUAAAGGUCCCAAACAGGGAUUUAAAUUCCAUUCUACUAGUAAAUCACUGCUGCAGAGUGAUCUCAGACUAUGCUCUAAUUCUGACUCUCUGUUUCAUAAAUACUUUGCAUGUU